AUGGCGGUGGCGCUGGAUGAAGUGUGGGGGCGGGUAAAGAACGUCUGCAAGCAGAACGGACUGCUCAUCCUGUCUGUGCUGGCUGUAGUCAUCGGCUGCCUGCUGGGCUUCUUCCUCAGAGGCAAGCAGCUCUCCGAGCAGGAGGUGAAGUACUUCCAGUUUCCUGGGGAGCUGCUAAUGAGGAUGCUGAAAAUGUUGAUAUUGCCCCUGGUUGUAUCCAGCUUGAUGUCAGGUCUGGCUGCGCUGGAUGCCAAGUGCUCCAGCCGCCUGGGCAUCAUGACCAUCUCCUACUACCUCUGGACCACAUUUGUUGCUGUGAUAGUGGGCAUCAUCAUGGUGUACAUCAUCCACCCGGGAGGAGCUGCUCAGAAAGAGGACUCUGAGGACAGCAAGAAGCCGAUGACCAGUUCUGCUGAUGCUCUGCUGGAUCUCAUUCGCAACAUGUUUCCAGCCAAUCUGGUUCAAGCUACUUUUCAACAGUAUCGAACCCAGAGAGUCCCAGAACUCAUCCCCAAACCAACGGUGGUUCAGGUCCUGGAUGAGACAACUACGCGCCGGGUCUACAUCUAUGGCAUUCAGGAUGACAACGGCACAGACAUCCAGAACUUCUCCCUGGAUCUGACGCCGCCUCCCGACGUAAUCAUGAAAACAUCACCUGGUACCAGUGAAGGCAUGAAUGUGCUGGGCAUCGUUAUUUUCUCUGCAACCAUGGGAAUAAUGUUAGGAAGAAUGGGACCAAAUGGAAGUGCUUUGGUCAACUUCUGCCAGAGUUUAAAUGAGGCAGUUUUGAAGAUUGUUGCCAUUGUCAUCUGGUAUUUCCCCUUUGGUAUUGUGUUCCUGGUUGCUGGUAAGAUCUUGGAGAUGGAUGACCCUUCAGCCAUGGGGAAGAAGCUAGGCUUUUAUGCCAUCACCGUGGUAAUGGGUUUGGUGCUGCAUGGUCUAUUCAUUCUCCCAGCCAUGUACUUCUUCAUUACUAAGAAGAGCCCCAUCGUUUACAUCAGAGGCAUUCUGCAGGCCCUGCUCAUUUCAUUGGCCACCUCAUCCAGCUCUGCCACUCUGCCUAUCACCUUCAAGUGCCUCCUCGAGAACAACCACAUUGACAGACGCAUCAUCCGCUUUGUGCUGCCUGUCGGGGCCACCAUCAACAUGGACGGCACCGCGCUCUAUGAGGCUGUGGCGGCAAUUUUCAUCGCCCAAGUGAAUAAUUACGAGUUAGACUUUGGACAGAUCAUCACAAUUAGCAUCACUGCCACUGCAGCCAGCAUCGGUGCAGCUGGAAUCCCACAGGCUGGACUCGUUACCAUGGUGAUCGUGCUGACCUCUGUGGGUCUGCCCACCGAUGACAUCACUCUCAUCAUUGCUGUGGAUUGGGCUUUGGAUCGAUUCAGGACCAUGGUCAAUGUGAUGGGUGAUGCCUUGGCCACAGGCAUCAUGGCUCAUAUCUGCAGAAAAGACUUUAUCAAAGAAGGGGAGCAGCUGCCUCUGAUCUGUGAGACUAAACCCAUGAUAAGCAUCCAGCAGAUGAUGGCCUACCAGAAUCAGAAGAACGGCUGCUACCAGCCGCCUCCACCAGGCAGCAAGCAGGACCACCUCUCCCCAGACGUGGCACGCCUGAUUCAGCUUGAGGAGGGGAUCCGGCCAACUGAGAAGAAGAAGCAUAUGCACUCCUCUCACCACAAGAGAGAGCACAGGGACAAGGAUCACUGUUCCAUUGAUAUGAAUGGGCUGGAGACUAACGUAUAAAAGAAACAGCUCUGCCAACAGCUACUGGUACAUCCACAGCUGCAGGGCCAACAGGACAGGAAGAAUGAGAUGAUAUUUGGCUAUGUAUGUUUGUGUGUGUACAUAUUUAUACCAGAGAUGUAUUACUUUGUACCAGUCCAGCAAUGACAGCGUGCUGCUCUGGUGGACAGAUAUUUCAGACCAGAGAACUGAUCCUGUUCUAGGUUUCAAUGCCAUCCUCCCAGAUCUUUGAGUCAGCCCAUCUCAAAGGAGCAGAAGUGGAGAACACAACAACUCAUAUGAGACAUAAUUAAAGGAAUCUGUCCCUCUCUGAACUGCUGAUUCAUUAUGCUCUGGUUUGGUACGUUUAAGCACAGCAUUGAUUUUCUGGGUGCUUCUGUAUAUUUAAUCUUUUUGUCCCCAUGGUCUCUAAAAUUAAAAAUGUUGCCCGUUUGGAGCAUUUUCCAUUAGAGGUUCACUGACUCUGUAAAGCACACGACAAAGACACAAAGUGACACAAAACAGGAUGAUUGAUGUGAAAUCUUAUGGAACAGUAUGAAACAGUCUGGUUCACAUUCAGGAAAGAAAUGUCUCAGCUUCUGAGGUAGUUAUGUUACAAAUUUUCUCA